UUCAACUCAACUCCACUAACCUAUCACAAUGCACAUCAUUCCACCCGGUAUCUACCGGGUAGAUGUGCUCAUUUUGAUCUCAUACCAAAUGUGCCAUUUCUUCUCAAUUCAGCAACUGUUUCCCAUUUUCCUGAACUACACUCCAAAGACAAACUGCAUCCAGACUGCCCAAGGAAAAGUAUGCUACGAUGUUCCAAAAUCCAAGUGCCUCGAGUACAAUGAAAAUUUCCCUAACCUUUGCGCCAAUUUGACUGGAACAGCUCUUUCGGAUUGCCACACAGAGAAAUCACAUUCUUAUUAUUCAUCCGCCGCUAUGGAAUUCGAAAUUUACUGUCGUCCCGGAUGGAAGGAUUUCCGUCCAGCUUUUGUUCAAUACGUUGGCGUACUCAUCGGAAAUAUUAUUCUCGGAUAUGUAGCUGAUCAAAUUGGCCGAAAGAAGACUUUUAUUCUGUCAAUGCUCAUUGGAAUUCCAUCACUUUCACUCUCAGCCACAUUCAAUUCCAUUGCCGCAUUCUACAUUUUCCGCGCUUUAACUGGAAUCGGAAUCGCUGGAACAAUGAUUGUCGGAUGGGCUUAUUUUUCCGAGUUGGUAUCGCCACAUCAGAGAUUUAAGCUCCGAACAUUCAGUAACUGGGCAAAUGCACGUAUAAUGCUAACUUUGGUAGCCUUAUUCACUGGAGAAUGGCGUCUAUCAUCUCAUGUAUCUGCUGUUAUUUCUCUUAUCACUCUUGCGAUCGUCUAUUUUAUUCUUCCUGAAUCUCACAUUUGGCUCCGUAAAAAAGGACGUUAUGAGGAGGCAGAAGUGAGCCGAAAAAGGAUUGCUGAUCUCGCUGGAAUCGAAUUUGUUCCAAUGCCACCACCAGAGAAAGCUGCGGACAACGUUGAGCCAGAAAAGGCCGUCAAUAUUUGCACAGUAUUCGCUGAUCCUCAACUUCGCAAGAAUAUUCUGAUUCUUUGGCUCAUGUGGUUCGUAACUGGAAUGACCGCUUAUUUGACCGAUUUGUGUGGAGGAGAUAUGACAAAGAACUUCUGGGUUGGACAAUUCCUUUCUGGAAUUUUGCUUUCAGUUGUGAGAAUCAUCAUGGGCUUCGCUGACGGCUACCUUCCAUGGAUGGGACGCCGUUUCGUACUUCUAUGCUCUCAAUCUCUUGCUAUUGUCUUCUUCGGAUGUGUCAUUGCCUUCUUGUUUGCCGGAGAAAAGGGGCAAUGGUAUUACACGGCAGUCUAUUUGGCAUCAUUCGUGUUCACAUCAAUUGUUUGGGAACCAUGCUACUUGUGUGCUUCUGAGCUCAUGCCAACAGAUGUUCGUGCCACGUCAACUGCUUCAUGCUCAAUCGUAGGAAGAUUCGCCAACAUUGGAGCAUCUAUGCUGAGUGGUCUCAAAACCGUCUACGAGCCAGGAGUACAUAUGAUCUCAAUCAGUCUCGGUCUUACCAAUGUGGUAGCCGCCUACUUCUUCCUUCAGGAAACCAAGAAUUGUAGUUUGGACAAGGCUGGAACAUCUGCAGCAAAGCCAGCUGAAAAGGCUAACGAGCAAGAAAUGAAGGAUCUCAUCAACAAAGGCGAGGAAGAAGACGUCGAGAAGAAAUAAAGCAUCCGUCGGAUUGAAAUUUAUUUGUUUGAUUCAAAAUUAUCUUACCUCGUUCAAUUUUAUCCUCUCCUUUUUCAUCUCUUUCCAGUAUUUUGUUAUUUUGUUCCAGUUUUUUUUUGAAUUCAGAGGCAACCCACACAGCAUAAUCAACUCGCACCUCUAUUCACUGUCCAUUUUUUUUUCUUGAAUAGUUUGAAAAACUCAAUAAACAAAAUUAAAUAAUU